CAACAAGCAACCAGCAACCAGCAACUAGCAACAAGCAGCAAGCAGCAGCAGCAGCAACGAGCAUAAGAAAUAGUUUUUCCAGUGCAAAAAGUAAAGCUUAUUACAUAAAUCAUAAUUGUGUUAAAUAUAUAUAUCGUCAGAGCAAAACAAAUGCAAAUGCAUUAAAAUUCCUCAACUUAAUUUGGACUUGGAUUGCAGCUGCCUGUUUGCCUCUUAGCCUGGUUAAGCAGCAGUUUAACGAGCCAGCCCGCUCCAUGCCAUGCGCCUGCUGCCAUAAAAAAUAAAGCCGCGCUUCCUAAUUGAAAACUGUCAGUUAAAUGGACGCGUAGCACGCGGCAAAGCCAGAGCGAGAGAGAGAGAGAGAGCGAGAGAGAGUGACAAACAGCGGAGUAUUUUUAGAGAGAGAGAGAGAGAGAGAGAGAGAGAGAGCGAGAGAGCAGCUGAAAGCGAACGAGCAAACAAAACAGAGGCCAAAAUGUGCAGCUCAACAAAAAUGGUUAACAGUUAUAGAAUUUUAUGGCUUUCCGGCGUUUUACUAGCUCACCUAUUGAUGGUGGCGAUUGUUGCUCAGGAGCCAGCCAGUCCAGUAUUUCAAAAUCACAAGACGAAGGAAUGGACGAAUUUAGAUAAUAUCACCUUCUCCUUCGAUUGUAAGAGGCGUUCAGUGGGCUUCUAUGCGGACAUGGAAUACAAUUGUCAGAUAUUUCACAUGUGCGACGAGGAGGGCAAUCGAAUACCGCAUUUAUGUGCGAAUGAGACGAGCUUUAAUCAGGAAUACAGAAUAUGUGAUUGGGAUUACAAUUUCAACUGCACAGAGUCGCCGAAAUGGUUCUAUCUGAACGAAUUGACGUAUGCAACAGAUCCGCCAGACGAAGACGAUGAGGACUACUGAUUGCGAUUAAUAACACAUAUUUAUUGUAUUAUUAUUUGAGGAGCAGAAAAACUAAUUAAAUUAAAUGGAUGCGAAUGCGAAAUGCGAUGAACGAAAUGAAGAAAUGUAGAGAGAGAUUGGCGAAUGAAAGGGGGGCGCUGUAAAUUUACCCAUUAAAAACAAAAUGUGUAAACUAAUUUAAGAGACUUGUUGACGAUAUUUGUUGAGUUUCGUUUUUGUAUUUUGUGUGUAGUCUAAUUUUCGAGUAACGAUCGAGAGACGUGUUGUAAAUAAUUGUAAAUAGAAGGCCAACCAACUAACUACAACUGUGUUUCAAGGCCGUCAUAUUGCUAUAUAAUUUACAAAUAAUGUUUGUAAUGUCUGUCUAAAGCAGAAUAUAAGCAGAAAUAAAUCGUAAUCAAAUUGCGCACAUUUAAUAAACAGAAUAAAAAAAUAAAUAAAAAAAAUA